AUGGCCAAUAACGACCGGACAUUGGAUGAGAAGCUUCCAUAUACUCCAUCGCCUACGGAGACUGCAUUUUCCGGCCAUGUAGCAAUACCAAUGCCGGAAGAUCCGGACUCACCGCCAGCAGCAUCUCAAAAAAAAUCAUGGCUUGCCCGACGCGCCGAGACCAUGUUUGCAGGGAAAGAAACAUUCAAUCUCAACGAUACCAUCGUUCAGGACUUGGACUCAUGUCCAGAAGGGUAUCCCCAGCUUGCAGCUUUCCAAGCAAGCGACGACUCCUUUUCCCAGUAUCGCGGGUUCGGAUAUCUACACUCUCGCAUUCUUCUAGCGCUACAAGCAGAAAUCACUGUACUAGAAGGAGACCUCAAAGCAAUUGACGAAUAUGACUGGCAGGAGGAUGGCCGCCAAGACUACUUGAAAUCCAGAGCCAAGGACCUUGCCGAUGUCGAAGAGGGAGGUUACGAAGGCUCAAGACCAGAGUUGCUGAACAAGCUACGGAAUAAGCUAAUCGAGUAUGAUGACAUGCUCAUCAGAGCAAGAGACCUCGGAGCAUUUCAACGACCUUCCAAACGAGACUAUCAUAGUUUACGGUCGUGGUACUACAGCAACGCCCCUCUUCUAGACAGUGAAGCAGACUGCAUAAAGCACAAGGAGGACAUUGUGACCCUCCGGCAAGGCCGCGAAUGGGCCGGCUUCGACGGCCUCAUCGAAACGUCUCUCCGGAAGAUCGACUGCAAGCUGGUUCGGUUUCUAUUCUGCAACUCCGAGCUUCGCCGCAAGACUAUCGACGAGAACGCCCACUACUACUCAGCCGCACGAAUCGAGACGUUCGUCGCGCUGUUGAUUACUUGCGUUAUAUUCAUCCUGCUUGUGCUGCCUGUCGUGGCGAUGUACGAAUUGACGUGCAACAGUUCGCGUGAUGCGACAUUUGAUGCCGUCGGCGUCUUGAUCGUCUUCACGCUUCUUUUCUCCGCCGCGAUGUCUUUGUUGACAAAGGCAAGGCGUCAUGAGCUGUUUGCUGCAUCUUCGGCCUACUGUGCUGUAUUAGUUGUUUUCAUUAGUAAUUUCAACAAUGUCGGGCAGGUCUCGGCGUCUCAUCGUUGA